UCCCCGAGCGGCGGCGGGCGGGCCGAGGGCGCCCCAGCCCAGCCCGGCUCGGGUGGGCAGAGCAGGGCGCUGGCUGCCGGAGGCGGGAGCGUUGCGGGGCCAUGGGGCAGGUCGCUGCCCUCUCCCUGAGCCGGGUGAGCGCUCGCAGCUGGCAGAGGCUCCCCUGGCCCGGCCCCGCGGGGUUCCCUGGUGCGCUCCCCGCCCGCGGCCUCUCCUCCAUGGCCGCCACCAUCCGCUUCUCGCCGGCCGCCCGCAGCCUCUUCGACGAGCCGCUGGCCAUCGCCGUGCAGGGCCUCGGCCCGCGGCAGCAGGUCACGCUGCGGACUUCCUUGCGGGACGAGGCGGGCGAGCUCUUCGAGGCCCACGGCCGGUACCAGGCGGCGGAUGAUGGGGAGCUGGACCUGGCCCGCUGCCCCGCGCUGCCGGGAGGCAGCUUCAGCGGCCUGGAGCCCAUGGGGCUGCUCUGGGCUUUGCAGCCCUGCAAGCCCUUCUGGCGGCUGGUGAAGAAGGACGUGCAGACCCCCUUCCGCCUGCAGCUGGAGGUGUUUGAAGGCCACGGGGACACCCCCGGGAAGCUCCUGGCCCAGGCCGAGCACGAGCGGGUGUUCCUGCGGGACGGGGUGCGCAGGGUGCCGGUGCGAGAGGGGAGGAUCCGGGCCACGCUCUUCCUGCCCCCCGGAAAUGGCCCCUUUCCUGGAAUUAUUGACUUGUAUGGAACUGGAGGAGGACUCCCUGAAUACAGGGCAUGCCUGCUGGCCAACUACGGCUUUGCUGUGCUGGCUCUGGCUUUCUAUGGCUAUGAAGAUCUCCCCAAAGAGAUGAAGGAGUUCCACCUGGAAUAUUUUGAAGAAGCCGUAAACUACAUGUUAAAACACACCCAGGUGAAAGGCCCAGGGGUUGGGCUGCUUGGAUUCUCGAAGGGGGGUGACCUGUGCCUCUCCAUGGCCUCAUUCCUGAAGGGCAUCACGGCCACCGCUGUGAUCAAUGGCUCGGUGGCGAAUGUGGGCGCAGUGCUCCGCUACAAGGAUAUCACCAUUCCCCCCCUCGGUGCCGACAGAAAACGCAUCAAGAUCAACAAGUCUGGGAUUGUUGAUAUUGUCGAUGUACUGAACAACCCGUUAGAAGGGCCUGACCGCCAAAGCUUUAUCCCUUUGGAGAAGGCCAAGUGUCGCUUUCUGUUCAUUGUUGGCCAGGAUGAUCACAACUGGAAAAGUGAAUUCUUUGCAGUUGAGGGGAGCAAACAUUUGCAGGCACAUGGGAAGGAAAAGCCUGAGAUAGUCUGUUAUCCUGGAGCAGGGCAUUAUAUCGAACCCCCCUUUUUCCCAAUGUGUGCAGCCUCAAUGCACCUGCUAGUUGGCAAGCCUGUGAUGUGGGGAGGGGAGCCCAAGGCACAUUCGGAGGCACAGAAAGAUGCCUGGCAGCAGAUCCAAGCCUUCUUCCACAGGCACCUCAACGGCAAGCCAUCUGGAACAACAAAUAAGCUGUGAUGUGAGUUAGGUUACUUUCCAGAGGAAGAUGCUGGUGUUUCAGAUUUGUUUUGUCAUAUGGCUCUGAGUGAGAGCAAAAAAACAUCAGAAAAUAAGCUGUUGAGUUUCUUUGAGGAAGAUAGUGAGUGAGAGCCAUGAGAGCUGCUUCCUUUUCACAGUGUCUUCUAACCUCAGGGAUGUCUUGGCCUCCUUACUGUACGUGGUAUGGGUUUCCAAGCUGUGGAAGAAUGAUGGUGGCAAGGCUGGGUCUGUUUUGAAUAUGAGUUUAAGUGGAAGGUAACUAAGCUGAGCUGAGAAAUGGGAUGAAAAUUUACCUUGCAGGGCUUCCUUAGAGGAAACGUGUUGGAUGCCAUUGUCCUUACCAGAGUUGGUUUCUUGCAGUAUUCUUUCUAGAAGCAGCUCUUCUUUCUGCCUACCUCCAGUAAUCUUCCCUUUCUCCAUGUGCACUUCCUUCUAUUUUACUCUGUUCUUUUCUCCUCUCCCACAUCACCAAAACGUAUGCAUCUGCCUUAAUGCUGUCAAUUUUGAGAUCUGGUAUUAAUAUGGUUUUCACUUACAAGUGUGGCAAUACUGUGCCAGCAUCCUGAAAUAACAAAUUAACUAAUUUAUAGAUGACAACAGCCCAUAGCCUGACAGAAUAUUCUGGGUGUAUCCAGUAGAAACGAGAAAACUUUGUGGUUUUGGAACAUUCAGAAGCAUAAGGGAAAACAGAAGAACUGGCGUGGACCUGUUGGUGGUCACGCCUGGACCUGCAUGUGGUCAUCUCAGCAGGGCUGGCUGUCCCUUUGUGCACAAGGCUGUGGGGCUGUGGUAGUGUCUCGGCAAGGCCGUAACGCCCUCUCGCCUUCGCUUAGGUUUUCUCUGAGAAGAGGGGAAGAGCGGGGACGGUGAGUAGCGAUCGGCUGCCAGGCGCACUCGCACAGAGGAAGGGAGGCGCUGGUGCCUUCGCACAGGUUGUUACCGGGUCAGUGCUUCACAGCUCCGAGCCGCGCGGGUGUAACGAACGGGCCGCCCCUCGCGUUGCGCACCGGCUGUAUUUCUGUCACUCAUUAAAGCGAGCCGUGAGCUCGGGCUGCCUGCC